GAGUAGAGUAGAGUAGAGUAGAGGUGUUUUGAGAUUUAUUAGCGAUCGAGUGAUUGCUUUAUACAGUAUUAGUGUUUGAUUUAUGAAAUGAUUUAUUAUAUUAUAAUUAGAGACCAAUUACUUAGUUAUCUAUGAUUUGUAUUCAUUUGUAUCGAUAGUCUCGACAAUCAAUAGACAACAGACAACAAACAACAGACAAUAUCACUGUAUUGUCAGUUAAUAUCAAUCUUUGCCAUCACUUGACUCUCAUUGAAGAUCUUCCGAAAGCAUUAAAUGAUUUGUCUUUUUGUAUGUUUUGAUCAUUUGAUACAAUAGUUUAUCUAAAAUGAAGACAAUAUUAAGAGAUUUAUUGUCAAACAUGACGUUAAUGAUAGUGUUGUUGGUGUUUGUGGUGAUGCCAUGUGUUUGGUCGUGCAAUGAGGCGGUCUGCGGGUCAAUAGUGUCCAAAUGUAUGUUAACACAGAGCUGCAGAUGCGGUGACUUCAAACAGAACCGCAGCUGUAGUCAGGACUGCUUCCGAUGUCUGGAUUAUCUAUACCACGACUGCUGUUCAUGUGUUGAAUUGUGUCCGAAGGCCAACAUAAGUGACACAUCAUUGGCGUCUAAAUCUCAUGUCGAAGAUCUUCCAGAAGCACAGCCGGACUUAUUUGCUGUUCUGACAGAAGAAAAAGAUCAUUUACUUCGUUGGACUUCUUAUUCAAUGCCAUUAAAAGUGGUGAUAAUGGAACCAAUGACUCCACAAAAAUCCAAUACUAAUACAGACGGUUCCGAUGGUAUUGAUGUAGAAAAAGAUGUAGCCGUCAACUGUACCGUCGCCUAUAUGUCUCAAUGUAUGUCUUGGAACAAAUGCAAGUCUUCGUGUACAUCAAUGGGUUCCGCUUCUUAUCGUUGGUUUCAUGACGGCUGUUGUCAAUGUGUCGGCACUUAUUGUAUUAAUUAUGGUAUCAAUGAGUCUAAGUGUCUUCAAUGUCCAUUAACACCCGAUAACAGCGUGAAUCAAGAGAUUGAUGAACGCGAUCCCAAUACACCAACUGAUGAACGCAUUUCUGACUAUGAUAUCGAUGAUAAUACUGGACAUAAUCGCAACAAUGAAGAGGAAACGCAUAAUACAUUAAACGAAAAAUCAGAUAAAAAUGAUAAACAAAAUAAUAAGAAAACUGAAGAAAAUCUCAAUGAAAAUGGAAGUAAAGGACUUUAA